AACUAUCGAUUUCAUAGUAAGCAAGACGAACUUCGAGAGAAAGUAUGUGAUUGAUUGUUUUCCGUGAAUGAUUAUGAAUAUUUUAAAACAAUUUUUUAUUCGUGCACUCAUGAAUUAAAUAUUAUAUCAGUGCGUGGAUCAUUAUACAUAACAAAUGUUUUAUUAAUAUUUAAUUAUAAAACGUUAAGAAAAGUAUUUUAUAAGAACAUGGUUUUAACGAAAGAAUAUCGAAUAUGUAUGCCUCUUACCACAGAAGAGUAUCGAAUUGGACAACUUUAUAUGAUAGCAAGACAUAGUCAUGAACAAUCAGAUUCCGAUGGUGGAGUUGAAGUAAUAGAAAAUAUUGAAUGCGAAGAUCCUGAACAUGGGAAGGGUCAAUAUACAGAAAAAAGAAUUCACCUCUCAAGGUUUUUUCAUUAUCAUUCUUUCUUCUUUUUUUCUUUUUUUUUUUUCAUUAUAUUCCAGUAAACUUCCUUAUUGGAUUCAAUCUGUUAUACCAAAAAUAUUUUAUGUGACUGAAAAAGCUUGGAAUUAUUAUCCAUUUACCAUGACAGUAUAUACUUGUUCUUUCAUACCUAAGUUUAAUAUAUCUAUUAAAACGAGAUACGAGGAUAACAAUGGUUCGACGGAAAAUUGUUUAGGUUUGUCUCCAAUAGAAAUUAUACAUCGAGAAGUUGAUUAUAUUGAUAUUGCCUAUGAUGAAAUAUCUGCAAAACAUUAUAAAGAGGAAGAGGAUCCUAAGUUUUUCCAAUCUAAAAGAACAGGCAGAGGUCCAUUAGUUGAAGGUUGGCGCGAUACGGUACAACCAAUUAUGUGUUCUUAUAAAUUAGUUCAUGCUUCCUUUGAAGUGUGGGGUAUGCAAACUCGGGUAGAAGAUUUUAUACACAGGUGCAUAAGAGAUAUUUUACUAUUGGGUCAUCGGCAAGCAUUUGCAUGGAUCGAUGAAUGGUACGAUAUGAACAUUGAAGAUGUUCGAAAAUAUGAACAGAAAAUGCACGCAGAGACAAAUGAAAAAAUGAGAUUAAAAAAUCAGGCCAACGAAAAUACAUCAAAACCAGUAACUCCAUCGUCGUCGGUACCUUCAUCUCCUAAAUCACCAACACAGUCCAAUCGAUCGUGGUUUUCAUGGUCAUAGUCGAUAUUAUUAAAAAAUUAAAUCUCUUCAGCCAUGUACUAGCUGGUCCUGUAGCUACAGUACAAAUUGUGCAAAUAAACCUUAGCAUUUUUAUGUACAUGUGUGUGUAUAUAUAUACAUAUAUAUAUAUAUGCUUCAACAAUAUAAUCAAGUAUCUUGAUUGUUUUAAUGUGUAGUAUCUGUAAAUUUUUUGGUCUUAGCACUGAUGUUAAAAGGAAAAAUAUCUUUAGUUUCUGAAUUUUGUUUAAAAUUUUACACAAUUAAUAUAAUAAAUGUUGUUGACAAGAUUAAAAAUAAUUUAAAAUAUAUUAUACUUUUUGUAAUUAGUUAUGAAAAGAAAAAGUAUUACAGAUAUAAUCUUUAGAAUUUAUGUAAUUCAUCAAAUUUGUUUUUUUUUCUUUUUUUUUUUUUUUUUUUUUUUGGAAUGAUUUAGAAUAUUAUGUGUUCAUUGGCUGACUACUUAAUCAUAAAGACUUUUUGUUGUUAUUACAAAUAAUUGUUGUAUUGUCAUUUCCUAUAUUAUAAUAGAGAGAUUAUUGUCUAAUUACUAUACACCGAAAUUGCACAGUAAAGGUAGCAUAAUAAGUGUAAAACGUUGAGUAUUUUUAAUCUUGACUUGAAACCCAUUUCUAUAAAGGGGAAAAAAAUCAUUGAUCAUUAUUGUAUUUUGUUGGGACCAAAUAUUUCAAAGUGGCUCUGAAUUUUGAAACUCGAUGUUCUCAAUAUGACAAAAAUGUGAUUAUAAAUUAUGAAAGAAUUUCACUAAUGCAUAUUCUAUACAAAUUGAAAAAUAAUUAUUAUUACAUUAUAUAGAUUUGAAAACGAA